UCGAACCACCGUCAUUUCUACAUAUAACAUGUCGGACUCCGAGUCUGAAACUAUUGUACCCCUAAAUAACAAGACUGGAGGUGCGAAAGCGAAAAAACCGGUGCAGAAAAGAAAGUCCGAUGCUGCUAAUAGGUCCGAUUCAGAACGAGAGUGGGAAGAAAUUGACGCGGGGACCAAGAAGGUGAAGAAGCCUCGCCAGGCGAAAUCUCCUAGGACUACUAGUGGAGCGUCUAAGAAAAAGACUGCCAGCAACCCCUUCGACGUCUUCGAGCUAUUUCCUGAUGACGAGGCAUUUGCGAAAAAUUGUCCUACACCAGACCAGCUACGCUCGUCUAUAACUCAACGCGUGGCUGAUGGAUUGACUCGGCGUGCUGCUGAUCUUGAGGGGGAGUUUUUCUUGGAGCUGCGAGUAUACAACACCGCCGAUAUACGCAUUUCAACAUGUGCGAACAUUGUGACCCCGAGGAUCCUUUUACCCAUGCUCAAGAGUGGAACACCCAGACAUUUGAAGACGCAUAUCCAGAACUUGCCAACAAGCAUGACGUGACCAUUACAGCACCAUCAAUAGAAACACCCAACAAAAAGAAAAUAAAAACUAAACAGCGUGCUCCAAAACGUAAAUUAAAAUCAUCCACUACUUUUGUGAAAUGUAGAAAAUCCGUUGCUGAGGGACCCCGUCUGAUACAAAUAAAAAUCAUCGGCUUACGUAACGGGCAGGAAAGCCAGGCAGAGAGUGAUGAUGAAGAAAAUAUGAUCUUUAGUGCUCAAUAUAUAGCCAGCGAACCAGUGGACAAUG